UUCACUUCCGGUCUGGGGCCUGCGGCGGCGGCGGCGGCGACGGCGGCGGCGGCGGCGGCGGCGGCGGCGGCGGCGGGUCGGGGUAGAAAAUGGCGCUGGUGCAGCGGCUCGGGCCUCUCCCCGCGGCGCUGCCGAGGGCUUGAGGCUCGCGGGCCUCUCUCGCCGCGCCCCACUUGCUCGUGCACUUUACACACAUGAGAGAAUUGGAAGCUAAAGCUACCAAAGACGCAGAACGGAAUCUCAGCAGGGAUUUAGUGCAAGAAGAAGAACAGUUGAUGGAAGAAAAGAAAAAGAAAAAAGACGACAAGAAAAAGAAGGAAGCUGCUCAAAAGAAGGCCACUGAACAAAAACUCAAAGUGCCAGAACAGAUAAAGCCCAGUGUGAGCCAGCCUCAGCCUGCCAACUCUCCUGACGGCACUUCCGCAGCAACCAGCACUAAUAAUAAUGCCAAGCGAGCCACAGGUAGCAGCCCGCAGCAGCCGCCACCACCCCAGCCACAGCCACAGCCACAGCCGCCAGCACAGGCCGUGCCUCGGUAUCCUCGGGAAGUCCCGCCACGAUUUCGCCACCAGGAACACAAACAGCUUCUGAAGAGGGGUCAGCAUUUCCCGGUCAUUGCAGCAAACCUGGGCUCGGCCGUGAAAGUGGGCAGCCAGCCGGAGAGCAGCGUGCUGCCUGCACCGCGGCCACAGGACCACACAGAGGCGCCGGGUGGCAGGACCCCGUCAGACGUCAAUCACAACCCUUCUGGACCCCAGUAUGAACAUUCACCGCGGGGCCCUGUGUCUUCUCCCGGCGACGCGAGCACAGACGGUCAGGAUGCUGCUGUGAGUGACGCGCCUGAGCGGGAAGCAUGGCCCUCGGCCCCUGGCAGUGACCCCGAGUCGGCCUCAGAAUGUGUGGACGCUGACUCUGCCUCGAGUUCCGGAUCAGAGCGAACCAUCACGACCAUGGCGUCGGGGGGCGCGGGCGGCGACAAGGAUGGCCUUCGGGGUGGUGCCGGACUUGGCUCCCAAAAUAAGUUUGUGGCUGGUAGUGGCGGUGGCGGCAGCGCUGGCCCCGGAGGCUGUCCCGGGCCAUGGGGCUUCCCCCAUGGGGCCAUGCUAAGCACAUGCCAGGUCCCCACGGAGGCGCCCGACGGCACGCCCGAGAGCAGCGGCAGUCGCGUGAACGCUUGGGGCACGGCGAGUUCUUCAUCCCACGGGGGGUUAAAUCCAAGCACUUUGAAUCCCGCGAGCAACCACGGUGCCUGGCCAGUAUUGGAGAGCAGCGGGCUCGCCCUGAAAGGGCCUGCGGGCAGCGGCGGCGCUGGCGUCGGCAUGCAGGGUGGCACCCUCGGCCAGAUGCCCAACAAUCAGAGUAUUAACUCUAAAGCGGGUGGUCCUUCUGCCCACGGCACCUGGGGAAGCCUUCAGGAGACGUGUGACUCCGACCUCAGUGGUACCCCGAAGGUUUCGUUCAGUGGUCAACCUCAGAACAUCACCGCUGAAACGGCCGGACCAAAUAACACUACGAACUUCAUGACCUCUAGUUUACCAAACUCCGGUUCCGUGCAGAACAGUGAACUGCCCGGGAACGCGGGGGCCUGGCGCGUGAGCACAGUGCACCACCCUCAGAUCCAGGCCCCCUCGGUUAUGAACGGCACUUCCCUUCCUCACCUUAGCAACGGAGAGUCUAAGAGCGGGGGCGCCUACGGUACUACAUGGGGUGCCUACGGCUCUGGUUACUCUGCCGACAAAUGUUCCAGCCCCAACGGCCAAGCUCAUGGUGACACUGUGAAUGCAACUCUAAUGCAGCCUGGCGCAAACGGGCCCGGGGGCACGGCCUUCCACACGAACACGAGUAAAGGAGGCGGCGUGUGGGAGGCAGGGGCGGCGAGUUCCCAGGGCACAUCGUGGGUGAGCGGAAAUGGUGCAAAUUCUGGCGGCAGUCGGCGAGGCUGGGGCACCCCUGCACAAAACACUGGCACUAAUCUCCCCAGCGUGGAGUGGGGCACGCUGCCGGGCAACCAGCAUUCCAGUGACAGUGCGAACGGCAACGGGAAGAAGUUUACAAACGGAUGGAAGUCUACUGAGGAAGAGGAGCAGGGUUCUGCAGCAUCUCAGACCAACGAGCAGAGCGGCGUGUGGGCCAAAACGGGGGGUCCGGUGGAGGGCGAAGGUAGCACGGAAAGCACUGGACGCCUGGACGAGAAAGUUCCCGGGGAGAGUCAAGGCAGAGACAGGAGGAAGGUCGAUCAGCACACAUUACUCCAAAGCAUCGUGAACAGAACGGACCUGGAUCCCCGGGUCCUGUCCAACUCCGGCUGGGGACAGACGCCCAUCAAGCAGUACACUGCCUGGGACACGGACGCCUCGCCCCGAGGGGAGCGCAAGGCGGACAGCGGGACCGAGGCCUGGGGGAGUGCUGCCACCCAGACUUUUAACUCAGGGGCGUGUGCCGAGAAGAUGAGCCCUAACAGUAACGAUACCUCAUCUGUAGCGGGGUGGGGAGACCCCAAGCCGACUGUGAGGUGGGGGGAUUCCAAAGGCUCCAACUGCCAGGGGGGGUGGGAAGACGAUUGUGCUGCUACAGGAACAGUCAAGAGCAAUCAGUGGGGGGCUUGCAAAGAGGAGAAGUCCGCCUGGAGUGAUUCGCAAAAGAGCAAACAGGGCUGGGGGGACGGGCAGAAGUCCAACCCCGGGUGGACUGUGUCUGCCGGUGAUGGCUGGGGCGAGAGCCCCAGGAGUAACCACUGGGGCGAGGCGAACAAGAAAUCCAGCUCAGGAGGCAGCGAUAGCGAUCGGUCCGUUUCCGGUUGGAAUGAGCUCGGUAAAACUAGUUCCUUCACCUGGGGAAAUAACAUAAAUCCAAAUAACUCAUCAGGAUGGGACGAGUCUUCGAAGCCUAGCCCUUCCCAGGGAUGGGGAGAGGUUCCAAAGUCCAAUCAGUCGCUGGGUUGGGGGGAUUCGUCUAAGCCAGUCAGUUCUCCGGACUGGAAUAAGCAACAAGACCUUGUUGGGUCUUGGGGGAUCCCACCAGCGGCGGCAGGCAAACCUCCUGGCACCGGCUGGCUGGGGGGGCCCAUCCCGGCCCCGGCCAAGGAGGAGGAGCCCACGGGCUGGGAGGAGCCGUCCCCAGAAUCCAUCCGGCGCAAAAUGGAGAUCGACGACGGCACCUCGGCCUGGGGAGAUCCCAGCAAGUACAACUAUAAAAAUGUGAACAUGUGGAACAAGAACGUCCCGAAUGGUGGCGGCCGCUCCGAGCAGCCAGCACAGGGGCCCCCACUGCUGCCGGCCGCAGGCCCUGCCUCCAGCAAGGAUGUGAGCAGUGGCUCAGGCUGGGGCGAGCCCUGGGGGGAACCUGCUCCAGCCACCACCGUGGACAACGGCACUUCAGCUUGGGGGAAACCCGUGGACAGUGGCCCCAGCUGGGGGGAGCCCAUUGCUGCGUCCAGCGCAUCCACGUGGGGCUCCGGCUCUGUCGGCCCGCAGGCGCUGAGCAAGUCUGGGCCCAAAUCUAUGCAGGACGGCUGGUGCGGGGAUGAUGCGCCUCUGCCUGGCGCUCGCCCCACCGGCUGGGAAGAGGAAGAGGAUGUGGAGAUCGGAAUGUGGAACAGUAAUUCGUCUCAAGAGCUCAACUCCUCUUUAAAUUGGCCACCAUACACAAAGAAAAUGUCAUCGAAGGGUCUGAGUGGCAAAAAAAGGAGAAGGGAAAGGGGAAUGAUGAAAGGUGGAAACAAACAAGAAGAAGCCUGGAUAAAUCCAUUUGUUAAACAGUUUUCAAACAUUAGUUUUUCGAGAGACUCACCCGAAGAAAAUGUACAGAGCAAUAAGAUGGACCUUUCUGGAGGAAUGUUACAAGACAAGCGAAUGGAGAUAGAUAAACAUAGCCUAAAUAUUGGUGAUUACAAUCGAACGGUCGGGAAAGGUCCUGGUUCUCGGCCUCAGAUUUCCAAAGAGUCUUCCAUGGAGCGCGGUCCUUAUUUUGAUAAGGAUGGCCUUGUAACCGAUGAAUCCCAAAACAUGCCGUUUAUGUCCAGUCAGAGCAUGAAGCUUCCCCCUUCAAAUAGUGCACUACCUAACCAGGCCCUGGGCCCCAUAGCAGGGCUGGGGAUGCAAAACUUGAAUUCUGUUAGACAGAAUGGCAAUCCCAGUAUGUUUGGUGUCGGAAACACAGCAGCACAACCCCGGGGCCAGCAGCAGCCUCCAGCACAGCCUCUUGGUUCAUCUCAGCCUAAUCUCCGUGCUCAAGUGCCUCCUCCAUUACUCUCCCCUCAGGUUCCAGUUUCAUUGCUGAAGUAUGCACCAAACAACGGUGGCCUGAAUCCGCUCUUUGGCCCUCAACAGGUAGCCAUGCUGAACCAGCUAUCCCAACUCAACCAGCUUUCUCAGAUCUCCCAGUUACAGCGACUGCUCGCGCAGCAGCAGCAGAGGGCGCAGAGCCAGCGGAGUGUGCCGUCUGGGAACCGGCAGCCGCAGGACCAGCAGGGUCGGCCUCUGAGCGUGCAGCAGCAGAUGAUGCCGCCGCCGCGCCAGCUGGACCCGAGCCUGCUGGUGAAGCAGCAGCCGCCGGCCUCACAGCCGCCACCGCUCCAUCCGCCAGCCAUGAAGUCCUUCCUCGACAACGUCAUGCCCCACACCACAGCCGAGCUGCAGAAAGGGCCGUCACCCAUAAACGCUUUCAGCAACUUUCCUAUAGGCUUGAACUCAAACUUGAAUGUAAAUAUGGAUCUGAACAGUAUUAAAGAGCCACAGUCAAGACUAAGGAAGUGGACAACGGUGGACAGCAUUUCUGCGAACACAUCUUUGGAUCAAAACUCCAGCAAACAUGGUGCUAUUCCAAGUGGUUUCCGGCUGGAAGAGUCUCCAUUUGCUCCCUACGACUUUAUGAGCAGCAGCCCCUCCCCAGCCAGCCCUCCAGGCUCCAUCGGUGACGGCUGGCCACGUGCCAAAUCGCCUAACGGCUCUAGCAGUGUUAACUGGCCGCCAGAAUUCCGCCCUGGUGAGCCAUGGAAAGGUUAUCCAAACAUUGACCCUGAAACUGACCCUUACGUCACUCCUGGCAGUGUCAUAAACAAUCUCUCGAUCAAUACUGUGCGGGAAGUCGACCACCUCAGGGACAGGAACAGUGGGUCCUCCUCAUCCUUGAACACCACGCUGCCUUCAACUAGUGCCUGGUCAUCCAUUCGUGCCUCCAACUACAACGUUCCCCUCAGCAGCACAGCACAAAGCACUUCAGCCAGAAAUAGUGAUUCCAAAUUGACAUGGUCUCCUGGUUCAGUUACAAACACAUCUCUGGCUCACGAGCUGUGGAAGGUCCCUUUGCCACCUAAGAACAUCACUGCUCCGUCCCGCCCACCUCCGGGACUCACUGGUCAGAAGCCGCCCUUGUCCACGUGGGAUAACUCGCCCCUGCGUGUCGGUGGAGGAUGGGGGAGUUCUGACGCCAGGUACACCCCAGGUUCCAGCUGGGGUGAGAGCAGCUCAGGGAGAAUAACGAAUUGGCUCGUUCUAAAAAACCUUACACCUCAGAUCGAUGGCUCGACCCUGCGCACCCUGUGCAUGCAGCACGGCCCGCUGAUCACAUUCCACCUGAACCUCCCGCACGGGAACGCUCUGGUCCGUUACAGUUCGAAGGAAGAGGUGGUGAAGGCACAAAAGUCUCUGCACAUGUGUGUCCUGGGGAACACGACCAUCCUCGCCGAGUUUGCCAGUGAAGAGGAGAUCAGUCGUUUCUUUGCACAAAGCCAGUCUCUGACCCCUUCUCCCGGCUGGCAGUCCCUCGGGUCCAGCCAGGCCCGGCUGGGCUCCCUCGACUGCCCUCACCCCUUCUCCAGCCGGACCGAUCUCAAUCACUGGAAUGGUGCUGGGCUGUCGGGAACCAACUGUGGAGACCUUCACGGCACUUCACUCUGGGGGACCCCCCAUUAUUCCACAAGCCUCUGGGGCCCCCCCAGCAGCAGCGACCCCCGGGGAAUGAGCAGCCCCUCCCCGAUUAACGCUUUCCUUUCUGUUGACCACCUGGGCGGGGGCGGCGAGUCCAUGUAGACGGGAGACGCAGACCUGUGACCUGACGGUGCAAACGCAAGGAGCACUAAGUCGGCUCGCCGCCUGCAGCCAGGGGCGCCCGGGGAACAGCUCUGCCCUGCACAUUUCCCACUUUGUUUUCCCCGAAACAUAUCAGUUUGAAUACUUGAAUCAUGCAGGCCAAUAUUAUAAUGUGAAAAGGUUUCUAUCUAUCUACACUCCCAAAUAGCGCCAUACAUGCUGGACCGCACACAGAGCUCCCUCGUCUCUA